AUGGCGCAGCGGACGGCAGAGCGGCACGCCGCGCGUCUCAAGGCGAUCCAGGACGCGCAGGAGGAGGCUGCAAGCGCUGCCGCCGCCGCCGCCGAGUCCGCUAAUGCUGCAUCAACGUCGGCCGCUCCACCACCGGCCGCGCCGGAGGUUGAGAUGACGGAGUCACAGGAGGACGAAUACCACUUCCCGUCCGAGGACGACGCGCUGUACGCGGCCGUCGACCUCGGCGCUCUCGACGAGGGCAUCGGGCGGCCCAUCGACUUCGAGGACGGCGAGGGCGCAGGUGCUGCGAUGGAGCAGGAGAGCCAGGCCUCGAGCGUGGACGUGCCCCUGCGGCAGGACGCGCCUGCGCGGCUGAAUCGGCGCGCGACGGAGGGUGCGAAUGCGCCUCACGGGGCGCCCUCACGCGCUCCUCAACCUGGACCCGCGCAAUUGCAACCCUCACCUGUAACUCUUGCAAACCAGGACGCCGGGUUUUUGCGACAAGCGAACCCCUCUAGUUCGUCGGCCUCAACCUCCAGUGGCAGUGGCAGUAGGGAACGGCCCAGGACGCCGUCUAUGGCGGGCGGUUUCAACUUCCCCGCCGGGCAGCAAUCCAGUCGCGGGCAGCCUCCGCCCCGCUCGACUUCACAUACGGGCGUGAGUGCGAGUACUGGGUCUGGCACGUCAAGCAGCCUCAAGCGGACGGCUGAAAUCAUGCAGGGAAUUCAAUCGGCGCGACGUGCCCAGCAGGGAAUGGGUCUGCAGAACCCGGCAGGGGGGAGUGGAGCGCAGCCGCCUGGAGGCAGACGAGAGCCGUUCGCCGCGCUCGAGGUCGGGGAGGGUGGGGACGUCAAGCGCGUGCGACGCCAGUGA